GAACAUUGCGCAUCUUUGUUCGUUUAUCAACUGAUGUCUGAAUAACGGAACAUUUUGGUUGAGUUCCUGACGUAAAAUCUGAAACUUUGUAGUGAAAAUGGAACAUUGAUUGUGGUUAAAAACGACUUGACUUUUUUCAAAACUGAAACCCUCGUAUUUAUUCAGACUAACUUCAAUCUCGUUGAAAUGGAAAACGAAGUUCGAAAUUCCGAAACUGAUCGUAAUGAGAACCCUAAUAAAAAGAGAAAGUGAUGCGAGUGUAACGCGAUGUCAAGUGUCGACUUGUUGCUCUACCGACCUUGGAGCGACACCACGAAGAAGGCUCAGGAAGAACCUGUUGAUUUCAGCAGCCGCGGCAAGAGAAGCGUGGAGCCCGAGGCAGAUUUAGGGUACACGGAAAUUGACUCGCAGCUUCCUGGAGCCCUGAAACUGCCUGACAUCAACAACAAAGCCACUGCAGGUAACAAAACUCGAGUUCUUAGCAAAUGUCAAUCAGGAACGAAUCUUAAUAGCGGCGUCGUAGAUCGAGAAUUUUUUGUCGGCAGUCCAGACUCAGGAUUUAGUAGUCCGUCAGAUGGAACGAACAAUUUGCAGUACCAUCAUUUGUUGCCGGGUCUCUACCAGCAAGCCCUUGCUAACCAUGCACUGCAGAGAGAAGCAUUUUACCGCGAUGCCAUUCAAAGGGAAAUCCUUAGCCGACAGCAGUUGUGUCUACGGCCAGAAUUCCAGGAUCAAAAACUCGGUCCGUUGCGGGGAACGUUGGAUCAUGAGCAGAUAGCACCUCUUGCUUUAGUCGUGAAGAAAGACUUGAUUAAUAAUAAUUAUUUCAGGGUUGAAGCAAGUGACUAUGAUAACAAGUGCCAAAAUUCAGUCCAUGAUGGAAGCAAACAAGACUCCGAUAAUGAUGAAGAAGAAGAUGAAGAAGCAGCGCGGGAGAGCGACAACGAUCUAUCAUCCGAUAGGAAGAGAGCUGAAAUGCCUUUUGAAGAAAAUAAAAACCGAGACGGACGAGAAGGAGUUAUAUGGGAAUCGUCAAAAUCAUCGUCACAUUUGGUCUCGGUCCCUGAAACAAGUCCAUAUCACCUGUUCCCACCAACCCUGUACUGGCCCCACGGCUCCACUCCUCUUGGUAAUCAGCUCGCUAAGCCGAUUAACCGUCCAUUCAGCAGCACGGCUGUCAUCGACCACCCUCUUUAUAAGGCCCUGCCGCCACCUGUCAGCGGCGACACUCGUGCAGGUAAUAUGUUCGCGACUACAAACAAUUCUCUCGUGUCUCCUCUAGGCUCACAUUUAUCGGAUUCAAUAGCAAAUUCUCUCGUUGGUCAGCAAAGACAGCAGCUCAAUGGCCAAUUAACUUCACCUCUUACGUCACCAGCCGCUCGAGCAGCUUAUGACCUUAGUGUUGCCAUGAGUAGUUCAUCGUCUCCAUUUGGUAAUUUCAGCGGCCAAGCAUCCAAUUGUAAUUUAUCCCCACACUUGGGUACUCCAUCGAAAUCAGAUACAAAGUCCCCGAGUACUUCUGGAUUAUCAUUGAAACGAAAAUUACCUGCAGCGUCGUUCUCACCUGAUAAAAAAUCCAAGUCCCCGAAGAAAACAAAGGCCUCGAGGCGCCUCAACUUUGAUGAAGACAAGUCGUCUCCGGUAUCAGGGACCAUCAUCAGGGAGUUGGGGGAGGGUGAAGCACCCCUCGUGGUCCGGAAGGGAGAUAUCGACCCAGCUUAUAAUGUUGUCGAAGUCACAGAAGAAGCCAAAGCUGAAAUUGCCAAGAUAGAAAAUAAAAUCGGGGACUAUGUCUGUAGGUUAUGUAAAGAGCUUUACGAUGAUGCUUUUGGCUUGGCGCAACAUCGAUGUUCGAGGAUCAUUCAUGUCGAAUAUCGAUGUCCUGAGUGCGAUAAGGUUUUUAAUUGUCCUGCAAACCUGGCAUCACACAGGAGGUGGCACAAACCGAAAGGUAGUGCUCCUGGAACACCCAAGUCAUCCGAUGAGUUAAAUAAACCUAAUACCGGGUUUGUGUCGAGUAAAAAUUCCGAUGACGAACCUAAGCCAUCUACUUCGAAAGCAGCGUACGAAGAUGAGUUUCCUUCCGAAGACGAUGUCUCCGAUGGAAAGGAAAGCGAAAUAUUCGAUUGUACUAUUUGCUUUAAAUCGUUUAAACGGCAAGCCUACCUCCGGAAGCACUUGUUAACGCACCGACGAGAGCCUGAAGAAUCUUCAGGUACAAUUGUACAGCCUAUCCCCCAAAAGCUUCCAUUUACACACACUAUCUCCGACACAGUUAACCAAUCUCAUAGCGGCUCUCUAGUGCCAACAGUCCAAAAUCGUAUUCCAGCUGGCCAUAUGCUUUCCCCUUUGUCUCCACCGAUGUUGUCCCCUCCAUUUUCACCUACAGAAGUUUUUAAAUGCCACAUUUGCCAGUCAAAUUUCUUCUCACCGACGUCGCUUGCAAUUCAUUUUGCCACUGCACACCAAAGAGAUCCUCGAUCGCACCCCGGAUUUACAGCAGGAAAUGGCUUCGUUGAAAUUGCUCUUAGUAAUCUAGCUUCUUCUUCUAAUUUCGGCGGCUCUUCCAUGGCUGUCCCAAGACCUCAAUAUUCAAGCGGUCAACCUCUUCAUUUUUCAGCUCAGUUUCUGCACAGACCAUCUCAAAUUUCGGCUAGUUCAUGAAAUAUUUUAUCGUUCAUCAAGAACCAACAAAUCAAAAGUAUUACAGCCGUAUUACAAAAACUCUGUAAAUAGUUCGUCAUAAUAUAUUAAAUACUUAUGGUUAUGAUUGUCAUAUGCCAAUGAAUAUUUCAAAGUGGAUUAUAGAAGCCAAUGUUCGGCCAAAACACUAUUUCCGCGCAACGAAGCUUGCAAUUCGUUUGGAUCCACUCAGCACACCUAAACUUCCGAUCUCAGACUUAUUUCCAUCAUCAUAUGAAUCUGGUCUUCCAAGAUUAUUCUUCAUACCAUAGAGGUCUUCAAAAGACCUCCGCAUCAUGAUCUCUACGGGACUUCAGUCUUCACAAGAAGUCAUCAAGAGCGUCUACGAACAGUAUGACUAUUGGAGUGAUGUUCUGAGAACAUCUUGCUGAUACACACUCAAAUGACUUCAGUCCUGCUGCAACUAUUGGCUUGCCAAAAUAAGGUAUUCGAAUAUUUAUAAAUGUCAUUUAUUCAUUUUAAUAUAUUGCGAUCAGGAAUUCAUGAAUCAAGGUGUAUUGUUCAGUUUUUAAUGUAUUUAAGUUAUAAUAACAGAUGUCUGCCUUACAGACAGGUUGGCAUUUCAGUAUUUCAUCCAGUCUCCUCAUGCCCGAAUUAUUGUCCUAGUCAUUAGAAAAUAUUACUUCAUUGUCUUUCUUAGUUUUAAGUGUUCGGAACAAUAUACUUUUGUAAAUUGUAUAUUAUAAGUUACGCGUAUUUUUGGCUGAGCAAAAAUUGAAAAUUGUAACCGUUCGAUUUCAUCGCCAGCAAAUAGAGAAAAUGUAAAAAAAAAGUUAAUUGCUGUUCCUGAAAUACGGGAAUCGUUUCUCUUCAUUCAUUCACGUUGAGAGCGAGGAGCAUUCAAGGUGAAUGAAGUGGGCUACAUCAGUCCAAGAUCAAACACGAAAAAAACUACGGGUGGCUUGGAACUUGCAUCAAUGUCUUAAAUUUGUUCGAAACAAAGCAAGAAAAACAAAGCAUAAUGAUGGACAUAAAAAACAUAAAAAAAAUUACAAAUGAAAAUUCUUGCUUGCAGUAAGGAAGAAAACAAUUGGCCAACACAGCACUUAAAUGCAUAAUUUCACCAUUUAUUGUCGAUAUCAAUCAACAAUCCAGGCUCGAGUUUCAUUAAUAGUUCGAAUGGAGUGGACAUGAAUGACGACGAUAAAGGGUAGAGUGCAAUCACAGAUCUAAUCCUUAAAUAAACUCUACAUCUAUUCUCUCAUAAUUAAUCUAUUGGACCUCCACCGUUGGUUCACAGACGAGAUCUACACUGCAUGUUUCCUUUCAAUUCUUUCAUUCACUUUCAUUCCCGCUUUGCAUGAUACUUCUUUUGAAUUCAAACUUUCAUCAUUUUGAAAAUUCUUAAUAACUCUAAUAGCCAAACAUUGAGAACUAAAUUCAAUUAAUGCUAUGGCCUAGUCUCUCUUGGAAUUUUCUCCAUUGAGCGUAAAUUUUCGUAGUUAAGAAAAUUUUUUUGUCCAGUUCGGCUCGCUCAAGGUCACAGAAGUGCUUUAGCCUUAUGGAAUAUUGAUUCACGAAACGACUUUAAAACUUCAAUGUAGUAAAACAAAAUCGUAUUUUUCGGCAUUUCCCUUUAAACCAAAAAACACGUUUUAAUUUUAAUUUCUGCAAAUCCAAAAUGUUAUCAGGGGAUCUCAGUAUAAGUGACUACCACGGUUGGAGACCGCGAAGCUGGGAGCUGGUGCAAUCUCUGCGGGAGUGCAGGGACAUGUGCAAUUCUUCGAGAGUGCAAUCCAGAUUGGUGCAAUAAUUCCAAUAAAAACAUAUGCAAUACGUACAUGCAAUGUUCCUCAUAUUAGAUUGAACCAGAAAAAGUUUCAUUGUUUUCGUGGUUCAGUCGAUGCAAUUCUUAACAGUUAAUUGGUUUACACACACGAUGCCGAUGCUCUCAUUCUUACCGCAAGCUCAAUACAAAAAAAAGAUUUUGAGUGUAAACACUCAAAAAAAUCCUUCACAGACUUGAUGCAAGUUUCUAUUGCCGUACCUAGAAAAAAUAUUUUCAAACGCCGUACUGGAAGCAUUCCAUUACCUUAAUCGGUUAAAAUAUUAAUUACUGUCUAUAGUUGUGAAUAAUGUAUUUUACUGUUACUAAUGGAAUAUACUGUCACGAACGCACCACACAUCUGAUUUAUCAUUACUUGAGUAGGUUUUAUAUUCUAGAUUGUGGAUAAAGUAAUUUUAUCCGUAAUAUUAGUCAUUUUAGGAAUAUUCCUUAUAAUUAGAGUGUACUUUAAUACUUGUAAAUAAUUUUAUUGGCAAGUCUUUCAUGCCCUUGUCAGAAUGCAACCUACCGAUUGAUAUUCUUGUCGGCUUAUCGUAAGUUAAAUCACUAACGAGAUUGAAUAUUACUUGAAUAAAAGGUUUAAAAAUUAAUAAGCUAGUGUUGAUGAUCAGUUAUUGAGUUUUGUACUUCGUAAGAAACUUUACGCAUUUCCAUGCUCUUCGUACAUUAGUUUCGCACUUCAUACAGAACUUCGAAACUUGAUUUCGCACUUCGUUUCAGUAUUUCUGAACCUCGUUCUUUUUAUUGUAAUAAAUCUCACAGCUAGAAAAUUGAGAGAUCUGUAUCCAUAUACUAUUAGUUAAAUAACAGAAAUAAUUAAUUUUUUGUGCAAAUUACGAUUUCAAGAUUGCGAAUUGCGUAUUUCAAUUUCUCGUGCGCAUCACACGUCUCAUGUUGCAGCACUCCGCUGUUCAAUUCCCUUCUCUCAUUUACUGAAAUGGGGAAAAUUUUUUCGUUCCGUUAUCUGGCACUCAUAGAUAUAUUUUUUUCAAGAUUUCAUUUCGUAGUUUGUUUCAAAUUUAAUUAAUUAGCUAGAAUUACUAUUAUCGGCAGCACUGCACCGGCUCCUCCAUGUAAAUAAGUUCAUAUUUUUGGCUGUCACUUGAACUAUCGAAACUGAACUUCAUAAUGAUUAUUUAAUGCAUUCAACGUAAAAGAUGGAAACCUUAUUAAAUAUUUCAAGUAACCUAAAAUCGAUUUAAGCGGAAAAUAGCACAUGACAUUUAAACCUGCUUAUUUCAUGUUGUAAAGAAAUUUCGUCUAAAAUGAAUGACCAACGCGUGUCAUGCUUCCAUUUGAAUCAAUAAUUCAGAGUCUCGAUGUUUAAUCUGAAAGCCCUUAAUUGAACUCAAAAACUCUAGCCCUUCACUGACGAAUAAGUUUACCAUUUCAAAGGUACGUAUACCAUUGUAAUAAGUGAAAGAAUUCGUCCAGUGUGGAGGUGAAGUGAAAUCGGAGAGUCUCUUGCAUGCCGUGAUUCUGUCAGGUGCCAUAAUACAUUUUACGAAGUUUGCCUUAAUGUAAACUUUUUAUAAGUCUCGGAAUUUUAAAUUCAUUGUUAAUUCAAAAGUCUGUCCUGAGGAAGCCUAAUUAUUAAUGACUGCGAAAGAGAAAAUGUAACUGAAAAAUUAUUAUUAAGAGGCAUAAAUAAAUUUUUCAUGCCAAACAGAAAAAAGGUUAAAAGAAGUAAGCAUAUUGACUCAACUAACUAGGUUUCUAUUCAAUUUUAAUUAAUAAUAGUUUAAAGAUACAUGAUCAUUCAGCAUGGAGGCAAAAUUAUUUCGAUAUUGAAAAGUUGAAUAAAUUGUUAAAUUUUCAACCUUUGGCCCUAAUUUCCAAUAAUUUCACUUCUGUAAUCGAACUCGGAACGUUAAAAUUAAAAGAAAAAAUCCAUCCUAGGAUGUAGUAGAUUUGAUUCUCAGAUGUAACGAUUUUGUAACGGCAUGGUUUGGAUAACGACUUAGUAUUUAUUGUUUGAUUUAAUUGAAAGAAAAAUGAACAGUUUAGGUAGAAAUAGCAUUAUGAAUAUACAUUCGGUAUACGAUAAAUAAUAACGUAUUUUUAAGGCUUAGAUUUAGUUAGAAAAUGUGAAAAAUUAACAAAAAUAUGGUUGGAGAAAACACAUGUAUGUUUGUAUAAAUAUGCACGUAGAAUAAUUGUAAGGGCGACACCUAAAACAAGGAACUAUUAGUUUAUAUUGUAUUUAAAAUAACGGUUGGAUAGAAUUGAUUCGUUCCAAAAGGGGAGCAUUGGCAAUCUGAUUGGAUUAAUUAAGAUGCCGUAGGCAUGCGUAGAAAAAGGGUAAGAAGACCCAAUCAACAUUAAAAAACAUAUGAUUAUUUAUAUACUAAAUAAAUUAUAGGGGAAGCUCUUUCAUUAGAUUAUUAAAGAAAGUAAUUUCUUCUAAGUUAUAAUGUUCAUUAUUAAGUGCAUUAUUGUUAAGAUAGGCGCACUCAGGAAUAGUCUUAGUUAGUAAUUCCAUAUUCUGACGAUUUAUUCUACAGUAUAUUUCAGAACUGAGUAAUUUCCUGCUUGAUUUUUUAUAUUAUAAAUUUUUAAUUAUUGUUCUAAAUCCUCCGGUAGCAAAAAUUAGUAGACAUGUUAAUGAAAAUUACAUAAUUAUAUAUAAUCGAUGAAUCCCGGUUAGAUAUUUCGUAUUCACUCAUAUUUUAUGAUGUCAAUCUAAAGUUUUUUUCCUGUAUAUUUCCUGUAUUUUAUUUAUCGUUUAGGUAAGAUUAGUUUGUAAAUUUUAUUUGUCUUGUUUAGCAUCUGUAGGCGUGACAGUCGUCUAGAAAUGGAUGCUAUCUAGACAAGUGUACCAUCUAGUCUUGUGAGCAUAUAGUUAUGCGUAACAUCUAGUCCCGUGUAAAAUCUAGGUAGAUGUAUAUCUAGUCAUUAGUGCAUAUAGUCAUGUCUAUUCCUAAACCUUUGUACAUAUAUUCAUGAGUGCAUCUAGUCAUACGCCAAUCUAGUCAUAUGCACAUCUCAGCAUGUGUACAUCUAGUCAUGUGUACAUCCAGUCGCGUGUGCUUCUAGUCGAGUGUGCAUUGAGUCGUGUGUGCAUCUAGUCAUGAGUGCAUCUAGUCAUGUGUACUUCUAGUCCCGUGCACAUUUAGUCAUUUGUACAUCUAGUCAUUUGUACAUCUAGUCAUAUGUACAUCUAGUCAUGAGUACAUCUAGUCAUAUGUACAUCUAGUCAUGAGUACAUCUAGUCAUGAGUACGUCUAGUCAUGGGUAUAUCUAGUCAUGAGUACGUCUAGUCAUGAGUACAUCUAGUCAUGUGUACAUGUAGUCACGUGUUCAUCUAGUCUUGUGUGCAUCUAGUCAUGUGUGCAUCUAGUCAUGUGUACAUUUAAUCAUGUGUACAUCUAAUCAUGUGUACUUCUAGUCAUGUGUACAUCUAGUCAUGUGUACAUCUAGUCAUGUGUCCAUCUAGUCAUAUGUACAUCUAGUCAUGUGUACAUCUAGUCAUGUGUCCAUCUAGUCAUGUGUACUAGAUAGUCAUAUGUCCAUCUAUCUAGUCAUGAGUACAUCUAGUCAUAUGUACAUCUGGCCUUGAGUAUAUCUAGUCUUGAGUAAAUCUAGUCUCGAAUUCAUCUAGUCAUGAUUACAUCUAGUCAUGUGUACAUCUAGUCAUUAUUACAUCUAGUCAUGUGUACAUCACAUCUAGUCAUGCGUACAUCUAGUCAUUUGUACAUCUAGUCACGUGUACAUCUAGUCAUGUGUACAUCUAGUCACGUAUACAUCUAGUCAUGUGUACAUCUAGUCUUGAGUACAUCUAGUCUUGAGUACAUCUAGUCUUGAGUACAUCUAGUCCUGUGUGCAUCUAGUCAUGUGUACAUCAAUUCUAGUCAUGCGUACAUCUAGUCUUGAGUACAUCUAGUCCUAUUCACAUCUAGUCAUGUGUAUAUCUAGUCACAUGUACCAUCUAGUCAUGGUGCAUCUAGUCGUGCGUAUCAUCUAAUCACGUAUUGCGUCUGAUCAUUCCUACCAUUACUUAAGUCAUCCAAUCAUUUAGUAAAGCAAUAAUGGGUCUCUUGUAAAAACCAGGCAAGAAUAUCAUCUAAUGAUUUCUUUAUCUAGUUAUCAUAUACUUAUUUCAUCAUUUCAGCUAGUUUUUUCAUUACUUAGUAAUUUUAUGUUAUAGGUAUUAUAGAUCAUAGUUUAUUGGUGUUUUCGGAGAGAGGCUUGUAGAAUAACUAUGUCUUGAAUAUAUUUUACCAUUAUAGUUAUUAGAAUAGUGGAGCGCUGCAAUCAAUUAUAUAAUCAUAAUCAUAAUCAUAAUUAUAUUUAUUCUAAUUGUCUGAUUAGGUCAAUUGCUAGGAUUCUUCUUCGUACCUGAUAACUAUUAGAAAAAUUAUUCUUCUAGAUUUAUUUAUAAAUAUUUUUUAAGUCAACAAGAUUAUUUAUUCGCUGAUUUUCUAGAGGAAAUAUAUUUAACCCUAGAUUAAAAUAGAUUAAGGCUAGUUUAUAGUGAAGUGAACGGUUCUAGUCGACACCGUUACAAGGCGUGAAUGUUCUAGUCAUUAAUUUUAAGAAAAUUCGGGACUAUUUGUGUCAGUUUCUUCGAUGCUCCUUGAACCGCUCAUGCGCAGGCAAUGAUUUCCGAGUCCAUUUCUUAGUCGAUUUUCGGGUCCGUCUGUUUCGCGUCCGUCUUAAAUAAGUGCAAAGUCAUUCCAAAUUUCCUGUAACUUGUAACUUUGCGGUCGAUAUUAUUUGCAGACAUCCCUUUGUACAGCUUUUCGAAUUUUUUCAGUCAUCCUCAUUUAUUACCUCAUAUGUAUUCUCGAUUUCGUUAAGUUUUUCCACAACGUUUUGACGUGAAAUUCUUUCGGCCAGAUGGCAUUUAUGUUGUGACUGGCAAAGAUAUUUUGUCAAGCAGGUUUACCAACGAAAAUUUUAUUUUCAAAGAUUUUGUCUUCAGUUAUGUUUUGUGCAUCAAUAAGUGCGUAUAUUUCGUUAAAUCUUCUCGAAUAAUCAAAUUUACGGUUUCUUCUCGACAUUUAUCGUUGGAACCAAGCGAACUCGUCAGACUCGCAAUUUCUCUCUUUCUGAAAUGGCCUUUCAAAGAGAUCAAGUUACCAAGACCGUAGUUUCCGCCCUGGUGAAUUUGAAUACCAUUAUCGUUUAAGAAUUCAACAUAAUAAUAGAGAUAUUGUUAUUAUGGUGUAUACUCCUAGUCAUAUAAAUGAUAGUUUAGUUCUAAUUUGCAUCAACAAGUGCUCCAUUCCAGAUUACCGGCAAAACCUGAAGCUAUUUCAAAAUAUGAACUUCUAGCUGCAUCUCUAUUAGCAAUAAUCUCCGCAAAGAACAAAUCUUGAAAUCAUCCUAAAAUAUUAAAAAUCUUUCCGUGAUUGAACAUUAUCAAUUAUUCAUUGUCAAUGUAUAUAGGCUUUAGUUCUAGAGUUGAUACGGUUAAUUAUGAUUUUCCACUAUAAGAUUUCCACUGCACUUUUUGUUAAAUAUUUUAGUCUUUAUUUAAGCGGUGUGUGGUGCGUUUGUACAUGUACUAAUGUUUUCAGUCAAUAUUAUAGACUCAGGAAAUAAAAAUUAUAGAUAGAUAUCAUGAGGUUCAAUGAUUGUUUGAUUUUUGUAUUGUAAAAUAUGGUAAUGUGUAACGUAUCAAUGUAAAUAACACCAAUUAUAUUAGAUACUUUGUGUAAGGUGCGCGAAGUGAUUUUUGCUGGAUAACAGAUCUGAUUUAGUUAUAAAUAUUACUUUUACAAACUUAAAAAUUAAUUUUCAUGAAUAAUCGAGAACCAAUUAUAAGGGUGCUUGAAAAAGCGGUUGAAUUCAACCAGCUUCCAGGCCUAACGGCUUCUUCCAAUAAAAAUAACAACCAAGAACACUUUACACGAGAUUAUGAUUGGUCAUCUUGAAUUAUGCUACAUUGAUCAUUAAUGUAAAAUUAUGUUCAACAAAUUAUUUCUAUGUAAAAUCUUCCCAU